GGUGCCGCGGCCGCCUCGGAGCCGCCGCUCGGCGCGUUUUGCAUGAAGAUGGCGGCUCCCACCGCCAGCAAGGCAGCCUCCCUGGGCUGCAACAACAAGCCUGCCUUCCCGGAGCUGGAUUUCAGGUCUGGAGCUCGGGUGGAGGAACUGAACAAACUCAUCCAGGAAUUCACUAGACACGACCAGCGGGAAUACGAUGACCAGAGAGCGCUGGAGAUCCACACUGCCAAGGAUUUCAUCUUUUCCAUGCUGGGAAUGGUGCAAAAGCUAGAUCAAAAACUCCCCGUGGCCAACGAGUAUCUGUUGCUCUCGGGAGGUGUCCGGGAAGGCGUGGUGGACCUGGACCUGGAUGAGUUAAACGUCUAUGCCCGGGGCACCGACUACGACAUGGACUUCACUCUUCUGGUGCCGGCCCUUAAGCUGCAUGACCGUAACCAGCCUGUGACACUCGACAUGCGUCACUCAGCCUUGUGCCACUCCUGGCUGAGCCUCCGGCUCUUCGACGAGGGGACAAUCAGUAAAUGGAAAGGUUGCUGCACAAUUGCCGAUCACAUCAACGGGGCCACCAACUACUUCUUCUCCCCCACCAAAGUGGCCGACUGGUUCUAUGACUCCAUCAGCAUCGUCCUCUCAGAGAUACAGAAGAAACCCCAGAGAGGGAUGCCCAAGGUGGAAAAGGUAGAAAAGAACGGGACCAUCAUCUCUAUCAUCCUGGGCGUGGGCAGCAGCCGCAUGUUGUACGACAUUGUCCCCGUGGUGUCCUUCAAAGGCUGGCCCGCGGUGGCCCAGAGCUGGCUUAUGGAGAACCACUUUUGGGAUGGGAAGAUCACUGAGGAAGAGGUCAUCAGUGGCUUCUACUUGGUGCCAGCUUGCUCCUACAAGGGCAAGAAGGACAAUGAGUGGCGACUGUCCUUCGCCAGGAGCGAGGUUCAGCUGAAGAAGUGCAUCUCGGGCAGCCUCAUGCAAGCCUACCAAGCCUGCAAAGCCAUCAUCAUCAAACUCCUGUCAAGGCCCAAGGCGAUCAGCCCCUAUCACCUCCGGAGCAUGAUGCUCUGGGCCUGUGACCGACUCCCCGCCAGCUACCUGGCUCAAGAAGACUAUGCGGCCCACUUUUUGCUGGGUCUCAUUGACGACCUGCAGCACUGUCUGGUCAACAAGAUGUGCCCUAAUUAUUUCAUCCCUCAGUGCAACAUGCUGGAGCACUUGUCGGAGGAGACAGUCAUGCUCCACGCCCGGAAGCUGUCCUCAGUCCGCUCGGAUCCCGCGGAACACCUGCGCACCGCCAUCGAGCACGUGAAGGCGGCCAAUCGGCUGACGCUGAAGCUACAGCGUCGGGGCAGCACCACCAGCAUCCCCUCCCCGCAGUCGGAUGGAGGGGACCCCAAUCAGCCCGAUGACCGUCUGGCCAAAAAACUGCAGCAGCUAGUAACUGAGAAUCCAGGGAAGUCCAUCUCAGUCUUUAUUAACCCCGAUGACGUCACGAGGCCCCAUUUCAGAAUCGAUGAUAAAUUUUUCUGAGUGUUUUGUUGACUUUCUUUCCCCUCCUCCCUUCUUGGUUCUAAAACUUACGUACUGUGUAGUGUGAUUUGUGACUGUCGCUCUGUUUUUACAUAUCCAGCUUACAUUGGAUUUGGUAAGAACACACAGGUUCUGCAGGAUGGUGUGGGCUCUGAAACAGUAUUAUUACUAUUUCAUAUUCUGCCUGAUUUGGCUGUUUGUUUUCUAGGUAUUGUGGAGUUUUAUUUUUCUUGGUGUUCAUUUUUUAAGGAGAACUUGAGCCAUAGAAGACACUGCCCAUGAAUCCUUUUGCCUGCUUUCUGCCCCCGCACCCAGCGUAGAUUUGUUGGUGGGUCUGGGGGAACACAUCUCAUCCUGACAUAUUUGAACACACUCUCUUCGGCUUUUGUUUUGUCUUUGACCUUGUUCUUCUCCCGAGGGUUCACUGAGAGUCCUCAGAACCUGUGGGCCCUGUGCAUACUGGCUGCCUUUAUUUCUUUGCACCAGCAGUCAGAACAGUUUCCCCUUGGAAACUUCAAGAGAGAGAGAGAGCGAGAGAGAGUGACGUUCAUCAUGUUUCUGAGCAACCUCAUUGAAUGUAAUUGUCCUCGAAUCAGCAAACAUUGGAUGGUUUGGAGGGAGGGUUUGAUAGCUUUCCAAACAGAAUUAAGGUUUCCAAAUGUUAGUUUUAGUGUUUGUAAUUAUUUGAAGCCUUAUUUAAAUCCUAUUAAGGAGUACACCAUUCUAAUUGUUAUUUGCACUAAUGAAGUCUCUGCCAUUGUCAUAGCUGCGAUGUGUGUCUCAGCAUCCAUUAAUACCCCUCUAGAAAAUGCCGCCGUCACCUCUCAUUUAGUCCAGUUCUCCCGGUCAGUAGGAUGGGUCUCUCUCUACAUUUUGUCUAGUUCUCCUUUAACUGUGGGUCCAUUUUACCCUCUUUGAUAGCUCUGGUUUCUGCCUUAUUGAGGGGAAUUCUUAAAGCUUUGUACCUAUUCACCGAUCAUCCGAAGCUGGGGAGAGAGUGCUUGAUAAAGUGGGUAUCUUUGUAUUUAUUUCUUUGGGAUGGUUCUAGAGAUCUUUUCUUCCCCUUUCCUUUUAUAAAGUCUCUUUACUUCUCCUGAGAUCUCGAGGGAAGCUGACAGGCAGAAUUAUCCCCAGAUUGAAGGUAACCGUGCCUGUUAAAAGCAGGUUUCACUGCAGAGCAGGAACCAGGAAUUAUCUAAGUAGCUCUGUUGGAAUAAGGGAGUCCUGUUAUCUGACAGAAACUGUUUGCCAGAUUUAGGUGCUUCAGGGCGUGCUGGCCCCUCUUUUGGUGUGAACUCAAGGCAAACCGUGGUGCUUGGGUCGCGGACGGGCCUGCUGACCUAGGCGACACCAACGAUGUCUGCUAGUAGAAGAGUCAAGCAAACAAUGGCUGUUUUUGGUCUUGAAUGUCCAGACUCAAUAGGUUGAAUUUCGGCCAAUUGGAAUCAGGCUCUUGGAGUUUUGCAUGGGAAUUAAUGUAAUGCUUAUAAAUCACUCAACAAUCUCAAGUCAAACACAAAAAAUAAAUAAAUAAAACAGAAACAUACUGGCCUUGGAAA